AUGUCUCUCCUCCGAGUGCUGAGAACAGCUUCUAUUCGUCAAUUCUCGACUAUUCCGCAUCGCACUUCCCAAGUACAACAGCAAAUCCCUCGGAUAGUAUGCCAGCGUCGCACCUUCUGGAAGAGCUCACCCUCACCUCCGGCGGAUGACAAAACGACGCAAGAGGCUCAGAAGAAGGCUGUCGAACUUGCAAAUGAACUCGCCCAAUCCCCAGAAUGGAAGAAGCUUGCAGCGCACCCUCCAGCACUGAAGGCAAUUGAGCAAUUUGUGGAGAUACUCAAGGAGAAGGGCAAGCAACCUGGAAUUACAACUAUGAUGAAGCUCGCUGCGGAUCCAGCAUUCCGAUUGGCGUUGCAGAACUUGAAGACGGAAUUCCAAAACGCUGGAGUAGACCUUCAGAAUCCAGUUUAUCUGGAGCGUCCAAGGGAGUGUUCCCCUGGUCAAAGUAGUACGGUCACGGGACUGGGUAUGAUGCCUCCGAGAGAUUCUCGCACCUUUUCUUCUUCCACCACCAUCCCAGAUCCCUUUUACCCUGUACAUCACUUCUCUACCCUAUCAAUCAUGGAAAUCGACGCUCAGCCGUCGACGUCUCAACUACGGCUUCCAGAUGUGCCUCCAGUGGAAGAAAAUCGAGAACACACGGUGCCUGCAAUCCCAGCGACAGAACAUCCACUACCGCAGCGCCAGUUCUAUUCUGUCGAGUAUCCUGGAUAUGUAAAAGAGUCUUCAGUACCCAAAGCUAUUGAAAAUCUGGGAGGGCAAGGCAAAAUAGACCGUGCUUUUCGACGCAUGGCGCCAAAAACCGAGUCUCUAAUGGAACUCACGCUGCACCCCGGAAACCCAUUCGCUCACCCAAUACCAGGAGACGUCGUCAAUACCAACAACCUGCUACUCAAGGUUACGCGACGGAAAAGAAAGCAGAAAGACGGCGUUCCACCUGCAGAUGGUGCUAUAGGCGAAUACAAGGCUGAAGUUGUCGGUGUGGUUGCGAAGACCGUCCGUUUUCGAAGUAUGGCCGACUUCCAAUACCUCCCCGACAUGGACGACCCAAUAUCCAAACUACGCGUGGCCAUGGACAAUAUGGAUGUCGACGCUAUAUGCUCGUACCGCAUCCCGCCCAUUAAGCAAUCUACCGCGUCUUCAUCGACAGGCGAUGUGUCUAUGGAACUAGACCCCCAGCUAUUCCAAGAAACUGGUCAACCAUCUACAUCGCAACCUCCGAAUGAAGCACCAGAGAACCUCCGUCUCUUCCCCCCUCCUUUGUUCAGCCGACAAACGAUUGCACAGGGUUACAAUUUCAAGGCAAACAGUGCGUCCAUUGUGACCACAACCGUCGACGAAGAAACAGGGGAAGAACGGAAAAGACUAAUCAAUAAAAUGCGUUGGAAGGGCUAUGGCCCCGCUUCAAUCAUGUUCGCUGAUAACCAAGUUCCCACCAAACCACCUGACGCGGUGGAAAAGGCAAGGGACCAGGCGAACCCCAAGCUAUUGGAACGUUUGAAUGAAUUAUUCGAGACGAGGCCGAUUUGGACAAGGAUGUCUCUGUUCAACCAGUUCACUCCCUUGGAAUCUCGAGAAAUUCUCAAGUACGACAUUCAUAACGAUGAAAGGAUGUCUGCUAACCCUUCAAAUACAUCUAGCUCCAAAGUCAUCUUGCCUCUUGUGUGUUACGUCUUCCAGGACGGUCCCUGGAGAGACACCUUGGUGAAGUUUGGCUACGACCCAAGGGCAGAUAAUCGAGCACGAUUCUAUCAGCGACUAUACUUCCGAAAUGCAAACCACCCAAUUUCGCGUCCCUCUGUUACAACCAGGAGGCAGGACCGAACGAAUGUCAACCUACACAUUCGGAACGAACAAGGUGACGACAGAAAGAAUUCGCAUAUAUUCGAUGGAAAGACUGUCUCAAAGGAGACGGCUGCCUUCCAGCUCUGCGAUAUCGUGGAUCCCAUGUUGCGCGAGAUGAUUGAAGAUCCUGACGGCCUAAGAGAAUCAUGCGAUGAACGAGAUGGUUGGUACACCUCUCACGCGUUCGACAGAAUCAAGACAGUUCUGCGGCAUAAAUUCUUCUCCGUUCUCGAGGGACACCCGGCCACGGAUGAGGAAUGUCGCAACCUGCUGGCAAAUACUGAGAGCUCGUCCAAGUCCUCAAGCCUGCUUCACAGAAACCAGAAGUUGCGGGCGGGUAAGCAUAACAUGGCCAAGGGCGCCCUUCGACCGGAAGAUGCUGCGGCCAUUCGACUGAGAGCGACGUUGGACCGCAAUGUCAAAUCGUUCAGCAGCCAGCGUUGA